AUGUUACUCUUUAUUCCAAACUCUUUGGCUGCUUGUCCUCAGGAUUCAAACCUGCUCAUCACUGCACCAACAGACAUGGAGGCUCUGAGUGGAUCAUGCUUACAAAUCCCAUGUAACUUUAGUGAAACUGGAACAGAAAAGUUUAACAGCACAAGAUCAGUUUUUGGAGUUUGGAUUAAACAUGAUAACAACAUUGAUGCUCAUCCAGAAAACGUGAUCUUCAACAGCAGUGGGACAGUUAACAUCUAUCCAAUGAAGAUUACAGGAAACCUGAAGGAGAAAAACUGCACCACUCUGUUUUCCAAUUUAACCACAAAUUAUACAAACACAUACUACUUCAGAAUUAUGAACUGGCCGUUCAGAGCAACAGCUGCUUGUGAAUCUGUUCAAAUAACAAUUAAAGAUUCUCCUUGGAGGCCCAAUAUUACAAUCCCAGAUGAUCUGAAGGAGAAGGAGUCUGUCACUAUAACCUGCUCAGCUCUCACUCCCUGUCCACACUCCCCUCCUCAACUCACCUGGAAUCUCACACAAGACUCUCACAACCAAAUAGAGGAAAGCAAAGAUGGAAGCUUUACAACUAAAAUCCAGCAGACCAUCACUCUGUCAGACACAGAUGAUGGAAAGAAGAUCAGCUGCUCUGCCAGAUAUCCUGUGAACCAAGGAAAAGACACCAAGACAGCAGAGACAGAAGAGACUCUCAGUGUUUCAUAUGCUCCUAAAGACACCUCAGCAUCCAUCAGUCCAUCAGGUUUGGUGUCAGCAGGCAGCUGGGUGAAGCUGACCUGCUCCAGCAGAGCCAAACCUCCAGUCAGCAGCUUCACCUGGUUCAAGAAGAGCAGAGAUGGAGCUGUGAAAGUAUCUGAAGGAGAGAUUUACAGCUUCAAUGUAACAGAUGGAGGAGUUUAUUACUGUGUGGCCACUAAUGAUCUGGGUAAUCAGACAUCAGCAGAGAUUCAUGUGACUGUUGGAGGUCAUGUUUCAUCCCAGUGUCCACGUAUAGGAGGAAUCAUUGGGAUCAUUGUACUCUUAAUCUUACUCUGUUUGAUUGUCUUUGUUUGGUGGUUGAAGUCAAAGCAUCAAAUUCAACAACAGACUCAGAUUCAAAUAACUGAACAUCGGGUUGAUGAAGAGCCAGCAAGUAAAACAGAAGGAGAGGAAGAAAACAUCCAUUACGGAGAGAUCAAUUUCUCUACGGUGGGAUACGAAGUGCCCUCUGACUCAGUGCGGGACAGAGGAGAGCAGCAGGAUACGGUGUAUGCACAGGUGAAAGUCAACAAGCCAGAAAACAGCUCAACACAGAGAGCUCAUGGCCAUGAGGAACUUUUUACUGAAGAAAAAUUGAGAACUGCAGUGGAAUAA